AUGGUUGAAAAGGCAGACUGCACAUGGAGCGAUCUCGAAAGAGACUAUUGUCCACCUCUAGACCCUGCCUUGUUUACAGCGAUUGCCUCCGACUUCGACCUCACCGAUGCGGCCCAAAUCCAGCAGCUACGCGACACACUGGAUACCUUGAAACUGUCCGCCUGGGAACAAGAAGAUCUACCCUUUGACCCCUCAGGAACCAGCGGUCUCUCGAAUACGAACAGUCCCGAAACGGAUGCCGUAUUAUCCGAACGAAGUGCGUCACAUAACGGCACAGUACGGUCAAGGGGGACGGAUAUCACCUGCCUGACGUCGGAAUUUUCUGCCAUCACCACAAGCGACAGGACGUCAGGAAGCGACAACAAUGACCGGUCUGUCUCUCAGCGUGUCUCCUACACUAUCGGUGCGGAUGGCUCCCUUUCCCUGUCCGGGGCCACCGAGGAAGAUAAGAUCGGAUAUCUGAUGGAGAUGUUCCCUUCCGUCGAUCGUUUUACCGUACAACAUACACUGAAGAAGUCUCAUGGAGAUGUCGACCGCUCCAUGGAUGUUCUUCUUAACUUCACCUUUUUCGACGAGCAGCCUCCGAGUGACGAUGAUGUCAAAGUCUCCAUUCCCAAGGGUGUCGAUGGGUUCGAGGAAUAUUCGAGCGAGGAUCCUACGAGGAAGAAGGGUCGCAAACGCAAGCCCAAAAACAAAAACGCCCGAAACACUGGCACUACGUCGCCUUCAUGUUUAGAUGCUUCGCGUGCUUUGCCUUCCAGUGACGAGCCCCGUGCGAUUAACAAAUGGGAUGCAGCUCAAAAGGAUGUCGACUUCGUUCACUCACGAACGUCGCCCGUCCUAAAGAAGGAGACAGUCAAGUCCGCAUAUCAUGCAAGUGGUGCAUCGUUACCCGCCACAAUCCGAUCACUGGCAACGAUGCACGCGCCCAAGUGUGAGGACAACAUUAAUCAGGACCCGGUCAUGGCAACUCAAGUGGCAGAGCUUCUUCAGGAGUUUCCCUCUACCCCCACAACGUUACUUGCCGGGAUGCUCCAGAUUACCCGAGGAUCGACUUCAGCUGCUAGUGAACUGACGUCUGCCAUGGUCACUGCACCCGUUGCAUUAGGGACUCCUCAAGUCUCCGAGAUCAUCAAGAUCACCGCCUCGCCGCUAACCCUUGAAUCGGAUGACGAGCUUCCAAAGCGGCGAACUACUGAGUCGCGAACCACCCGGGACUAUGGAAGUGCAAGGAGCUUUGCCGAAGCUCAUUUUGCCGCCGGCGCGGAGGCUCUCUCGAAAGCGUCCGUGGCAUAUCGUCGUGGCAAGUCCGAUCGAUACAUGGGCGGCGCCGCCGCAUACUAUUCAGCCGUUGGGCGGGAUCAUCUGGAGCGGGCCAAACGAAAUGCGGCCGCGGCGGCCGAUGCAUUGGUGGACUCCCAGUCCACAGCAACUAUGCUAGACCUCCAUGGAGUCUCGGUGCAGGACGCCGUUCGGAUCACUAGUGCGAGAGUUGCGGAAUGGUGGGAAUCUCUUGGAGAUUCCAAGUUCAUGAGAGGAGGCGGUAACCCAACCCGAGGAGGUUAUCGCAUUGUCACUGGCGCCGGACGGCACAGUCACGACGGCACGUCUCGCCUGGGCCCGGCCGUGGCGAAGAUGUUGGCGCGUGAAGGAUGGAGAGUAGAAGUCGGCGAAGGUGUCUUGACAGUUACAGGCAUGAUUCGACGUCGAUGA